AGCGCGGGUGUCGUGGCUGUGACUCGGCCUCUAGUGGGAGCAGGAGGCGGUGCAGUAUGGCGGCGCUCUCCGCGCUGGGACUGGUCCUUUCGCAGCCAUUUUCUGUCCAACCACACGGCCGAUCGCAGACGCGAACCAACCAGGGCUUCAUUGCAGAUGGACGGAGACAGCAGCACCACGGACACCUCGCAGUUAGCUAUCACAGGCGAUUAUAUGACCGGUGGCCACUACGUGCUCCAAGCACAGGACGAUGACGGUGAGGAAAGUCUUCAUGAGCACGAAGAUGGCAAUGGCUGCAAAGACAAUCUCCGAGAGCAGGAUAUCUACCUGCCCAUCGCCAACGUAGCUCGCAUCAUGAAGAACGCCAUCCCACAGACAGGAAAGAUCGCGAAAGACGCGAAAGAAUGCGUGCAGGAGUGCGUGAGCGAGUUCAUCAGCUUCAUCACGUCAGAAGCCAGCGAGCGAUGUCAUCAGGAAAAGCGCAAGACCAUCAACGGCGAGGACAUCCUGUUCGCCAUGUCCACGCUGGGCUUCGAUAUGUACGUGGAGCCGCUCAAGCUUUACCUGCAGAAGUUCAGAGAGGCAAUGAAGGGUGAGAAGGGGAUUUCAACAGUGGCAGUUGCAGAAGGCCUGAGUGAAGAGCUUACAGAAGACACUUUCAGUGUUGCAGCAAAUCAGUUACCUGCCGGACUGAUCACAACCGACGGCCAACAGCAGAACGUCAUGGUGUACACCACGUCAUACCAACAGAUCCCUGGUGUUCAACAGAUCCAUUUCUCAUGACCUGGAUAAGCUUGAGCUCAUGCACUUGUCCACAGACUGCUCUGUCACCUAGUCAGGUUUCACAGGUGGCUUUGGAGGACAGAAGAAAGAGAUUUUUGUACAUUUUUCUUUUUUUUCCUUCUUCUUCCUCAGUGUGUAAUUUCAAGCAGUCGUUUGUUAGUUCUCUAAUACACAUUCGUUUUUAAAACCGUCA